AUGCAUGUGUCACUUAAUAUUCACUCUCUUAAUUAAGUGAAAUUUCAACGUAAAUAUAUACACACACACACUCGUGGUGAUGAUGAUGAAGAACAAUUUGUGUAAUGUAGUGCAAGGUUUGAAGCCAACGUUGUUAAUGGUUAUGGUGCAAAUAGCAUUUGCUGGUGUUAAUGUUCUAUACAAGUUAGCUGUAAACGAUGGCAUGAGUUUAAGGAUUGUUGUUGCCUACCGUUUUAUAUUUGCAACUGCUUUCAUAGCUCCAAUUGCUUUCAUUCUUGAAAGGAAGAAGAGGGCAAAGAUGACUUGGACAAUACUGUUUCAGUCAUUUCUAUGCGGUUUAUUUGGGGGAUCAUUAGCUCAAAACUUUUACUUACAAGCCCUGACUUUAACUUCAGCAACAUUUGCAUCCGCAAUGGCCAACCUUAUACCAGCUGUAACCUUUAUCAUGGCUGUUUCCUUAGGUAUGGAAAAAUUGAAUUUGAGAACAAAAGCAGGGAAGGCAAAGAUAUUAGGUACACUAACAGGAAUUGGUGGGGCAAUGGUAUUGACAUUCGUUAAAGGUGUUGAAAUUAAGAUGGGAUCAUUCCAUUUAAAUCUUUUACAUCAUCAAAAUGGUGUUGUAACACACACUAUCUCCACUGCUAAUACCAUUUCGGGUUCUCUAUGUGCCUUGGCUAGUAGCAUCUCUUAUGCACUUUGGCUUAUUAUUCAGACAAAAAUGAGUGAAAGAUACCCUACUCAUUACUCAAGCACAGCGUUGAUAUCUUUUUGGGCGUCACUUGUUUCCAUUGUGCUUGCUCUAUGCUUUGAGAGAGAUUUGAGUCAGUGGAAAUUGGGUUGGAAUAUUAGACUUCUAACAGUUGCUUAUGCGGGUAUAGUGGUUUCAGGAGCAAUGGUAGCUGUAAUUUCAUGGUGUGUACACAUGAGAGGUCCAUUGUUUGCCUCAGUUUUUACCCCUUUAAUGCUUCUCAUGGUAGCUUUGGCUGGUUGUACCAUAUUGAAUGAGAAACUACACCUUGGAAGCAUUAUUGGAGCGGUGUUGAUUGUAUGUGGCUUGUAUGCGGUUGUAUGGGGUAAAAGUAAAGAGAUGAAGAAAAAGAAUCAAUUAGUGCCAUCAAAAAACCCACAUGAAUUUGACCCAGUUGAAAUAGUUGUGAGGUCUAUAGAAAAAGAUAAAAGCAACCUCAACAACAAUAAUCAGAUGGUUAAGGAUAAUGAAGAUUCACAAACAGAUGAACAUGAACAACAAAGUCAAGAAAAAUGAGGAGGGGUAAAAGAAGUUGCAUGUAAUGCCUAAAAUAUGGAGUAUCAAAUUAUUAUAUAUCACACUCCUACAUGUUGGUCCAAAAUGAGCGUGACAUCGUUCUAGAUUGGCCAAAAAUGCUACCAGCGGACCCUAUUUUGAUUCUCCAACUAAAAUACAUUUGAAGACCAAAAUGAAGAAAAAGGGAAACAUUUUAAAGAACAGAAAGUGUUUAAUUCAGUGAACUCUUAGCUGGACUUGACUCUGUUAUAUACAAUUAUAAUUUUGUUAAACUGCUUAGAUUUAUAUAUCUCAUGGUUGUUAAAGAUGUUAUGUUUUGUUCUGAUACUCAUAAGCUUCUGUUACAUACAAUAUAUGCAAAGUACUUCUUCUAGUUCUUUAA